UUUAGCUCUUGUUUCCCACUUUCAUUCCCUUCGUUUUUUUUUGUUUUUUUUGUUUUUUUUUAUUUUUUUUGUUACAUUGAUUUCUAGCGACAGAGUUGUCCAAAAAUUAUAAUAAUACUAAUAAUAGUGGGCUGAGACGCCGCCGCCCGUGAUCGGAAUCGGACUGCGACUCGGGGAUACUAUAUAAUUUCUUCACGAAUCCCCAUCAAAAGCCUUUGACCUACAUGAGGUGAGUAUCCAACCAAUGGCAGACUUACCAGGUUCUUUGCAGGCCUGUUUGAGUAUGGGCAAGGUCGCAUUCUUAGCAAUUUUGGUUUCUGGAGGAAUUGUGAUGCAGAUAUUGGCAUGUGCCUUGUACAAUAAUUGGUGGCCAAUGCUAAGUGUGAUAAUGUAUGUGCUUCUCCCUAUGCCUUUGUUAUUCUUUGCGGGGUCAGAUAGUUCUUCACUGUAUACUGAUUCUAACAAUAGCUGGAUCAAUGCGACGAAAUUCUUGACCGGAGCUUCAACCGUAGGAAGCAUUGCUAUCCCCAUCAUUCUGAAGCAUGCCGGGAUCAUCGGAUGGGGGGCAAUGGCAAUGGACCUCUCCUCGUUUGUAGUAUUCGUGAUUGCCAUUUUGUGUUUCAUGGGAAUGAGCGAAGAUGACGACUACACUAUGUUCUGAGAUACUCCAUCUCCAUGGUAAUGAAACUAUGCUAUCUCCAUCAGGUGAGGCUUCUGGCUUUGUUCAUUCUUGUCUGAGCUUCACCUUUCACAUCUGCACAUGUUUAAUGAAGAUUAUUCUUCACUAUUUAUUUCUUCAUUUGUUUGUUGCUUUGUUGUUGUCUUUUAAUACUUGUUCUUAUACCAAAAUUGAGAUGUAAAAGAAAAGGGUUGAUAUUCUAAUCCCAGAUUGUUGAGUGUAUUUGUAUAUUUGGAAAGGAAUGGGCAUUGAACCGUGCGAAUUGUGACUGUUUUCACUUCAUGCUUAAUGAAAUUGCAGAGACUAAGGAUUUCUUCGAUAA